AUGCUUGGGAACGGACUGGUGUGCGACUCCCUGAGCGGUGUCUCGUCGGGCUUCGAGCCCCUGGACUUUGAGCGGAAGCGGCAGUACAGCCUGCGCGUGCAGGUGGAGAACGUCCACCUCAACCCCCGGUUCUUCGCCGCCGCGCCGUUCCGCGACGACGCCACGGUGAAGGUGCAGGUGGAGGACGUGGACGAGCCGCCCGUGUUCGAGCGCCCGAGCUACGUCAUGGAGGUGAAGGAGGACGCCGCCAGGAGCACCGUCAUCGGCUCCGUCAGCGCCUCCGACCCGGACUCCCUCCACAACCCCGUCAGAUACUCCAUUGAUCGGCGGACGGACAUGGACAGAGUGUUCAACGUGCACGCGGGCAACGGCUCAGUGUUCGUCCUGAGGGAGCUGGACAGAGAGGAGGCCGCCUGGCACAACAUCUCCAUCAUCGCCACCGAGUUCAACGCCCCUCGCCAGAUGACCCGUGUCCCCGUCUUCAUCCGGAUCCUGGACGUCAACGACAACGCCCCGACCUUCGCCACAAACUAUGAGACGUUCGUCUGUGAGAACGCCCGAGCCAACCAGAGGAUACAGACGGUGAGUGCCAGCGACCCAGACAACCCCAUAGGAGGGCACCGCUUCGUCUUCAGCCUGGCGCCGGAGGCCUCGGGCAAGGCCAACUUCUCUGUGCGUGACAACAAAGACAACACGGCGUGGAUCCUGACGCGGAGGAACAGCUACCUCAGCCUGCAGCGGAGCGUGUACCUGGUGCCCGUGGUGAUCUCCGACGGCGAGUACCCCAUGCUGAGCAGCACCAACACGCUGACCGUGCGCGUGUGCACGUGCGACCGCGACGGCAACAUGCAGCUGUGCAACGCCGAGGCGCUGGCGGCGAGGGCGGGACUCAGCACCGGCGCCCUGGUGGCCAUCUUGCUCUGCUCCAUCAUCCUGCUGAUGAUCGUGGUUCUGUUCGCCGCCCUGCGGAGGCAGAGGAAGAAGGAGCCCCUGAUCAUCUCCAAGGAGGACGUGCGCGACAACGUGGUGAGCUACAACGACGAGGGCGGCGGCGAGGAGGACACCCAGGCCUUCGACAUCGGCACGCUGCGCAACCCCGAGGCCAUCGAGGAGAGCAAGCAGCGCCGGGACGUCGCCCCCGAGCUCUUCUACCCGCCGGUGCGCCGCCCCGUGCCGCCGCCGCCGCCCGCCCGCGACCCCGGCCACGGCCACAACGGGGACGUCCGGGAGUUCAUCAGCCAGCGCCUGCAGGACAACGACGGGGAUCCCACGGCGCCGCCCUACGACUCGCUGGCCACCUACGCCUACGAGGGCAGCGGCUCGGUGGCCGAGUCCCUGAGCUCGCUGGAGUCGGUGACCACCGACGGCGACCAGGACUACAACUACCUGAGCGAGUGGGGGCCAAGGUUCAAGAAGCUGGCGGACAUGUACGGCGCCGACGACAGCGACAGGGACUCUUAACGGCGGACGCUGAACCAGCGGCAGUGGGCGAGAGAGGAGGAGGGGGCCGGAGAGGGGGAGAGGGGGAGAGGGGGGAUGGUACCACCGAGGGGUUUGACGUUUUGACGUUUGCAAACGAACGCACUCUUACCUACGUGCCGAGAUGGGCAUCGUCGACUUUUUCUGGGUUGAGUGGCAGAGCGGAUGAAGGGGAGGACGCAGGCAACGGCCGCGGGCGCCACUGUCACGCUAUUGGUCGUGGUUGGAAUAACCCCCGCCCCCCCCCCCCCCCCUCCCCACAAAACCUUGACCUUUCAUUCCCGACCCCCCCUCGUGAGCAGAUGUAGACAGAUGUGUGUCCUGUCAGUGUUAGUUAUGUCCACAGCGGGCGAAACGGCCCCGCACAAAGAAAGACUUUGUGGCAAGACAUUUUUGUGUAUAGGGGUGUAAUGUGGAGCCCAAAUAUAUCUAUAUUACCUGACAAUAUAUUGUUUCUGUUGUUUUGAUUUUUUGUUCCUCUCCGAGGCUGACGGUAACGAACACACAGCAGGAAGGCAAAGCAUUUUUUUUUUGUAAACCUCCAGAUAUGGCGAUGUAUCUUACAGUAUUCAUGGGACGCUACGAUGCUGCGAAUUGUCUUAUACCUUAGCUUGUGGUACUUACGGUAAUACGAAACAAUACGCUGUACAGUUACUCUUCUUUUCAGUUUCGUUUGUCCCUCUUUCUACUCCGUUUUUCCUUGUUCUGAAGGAUUCCUACCGUCCGAGCGAAUCCUCUUCCGACGCAGACUUAGCCUCUUAUCUCCACAGCUGGGCGACCUUCCAGAUGUGCGUAACAGGCCGCUACUCCUACUGAUUGGCUAUCUACGGCGUUCCCUGGGCAACAGUGUUGAUGUCGACAUCACACUUAUUAUUUUCCGUCGGGGCUUGACGAUAUUAAGUCAACGUGGUGAUUAGGUUAGCUUCGUUCUCAUUGCUCCGAUCCCCUCCCUCCCCCCCCCCCCUCGACGCUAUCGCAACACGAUACCGUCAGAGGUCUGUUGCAGCCGGGAAACUGCUCUGUUGAUAAGGGGCUAAUGUCGCUAACGACGUACGUGAAGAUGUGGCCACACACGCUGUCCAUCACACUUAUAUAUAUAAAUGUUUAUAUAUAUAUAUAUAUAUUCACACAUGUAUCAUUUACGUCCUGACAGCUUCAUGCAUUCGCCGAAGCGAGGCGAGCUGAAAUACCAAAUUGUUUUUUUAAAGUAGCUGAAUGUCCUCAAACCCAAUGCUAAUUACGACUUAAUCGAUGGCGUCUCUUGACCUAUAGGAGAUGAGGCAAAGGCGUGGCUGUGCCACGUGGUUAACGCUGCCCUGUCAUUCGGCCCGGCCUCUAGAAAGGCCCUGCAAGGAUUUUUUCAAAAGCAGUCACUUUCCUUGAAUAAAGACUACAUUUCCCAUGAUGCCUCGUCUCCAAAAGAGUUACUCCUGGACUACUUUUGAAUCUUGUGGUGGAUUGAUGUUAUUUUUGGAGAAGAACAAUGAAAUGUAGUGACUGUUUGGCAAUUUAAUGUCAUUGUGGCUGUGUGUUAUGGCUUUUCAGGGGCAGACUUUUUGAAAGGGGUCAGGGGAAAUGGAUGAUCCACUUCUUUUGUGGAGAUUUCCGUGGUCAUUUCCCGGGCGCCGUGUUGUUUAACUAUGUAGACGGUUCUAGUGUCAAUUGCCACUGUAGGGACUCUGUGUGUUAUACUCCUUAUAAGGCCUUCAAGGAAAACUUGGGACUGUGUUUGAGUGUUCUGCUAAUCCUAAUUACGUGGUACUACUUCUGAACCAAACAAAUUGUACAGUGUCUUCAGUGCAGUAGUGAGACGAUAAUAAAGCCACAUUAUUUCAGUUGUCCGUUGGGAACCACCGAGUUGGUAACUCCUUCAGAAAUCCCACCAACAGGCCCCACCCUCAUGGCUUUUUAAAUAAUAUUUUUGUUUUUUCGCUGGAAACAAAAGCAAUUUUUUAUUAAUUUGAGAAGAUAAAACUGCGGUAGCAGUUAUAGCAGCUAUAGCAGCUAUUAUCUUGAAUAUUUGUGUGUUAAGCGUGGCGACAGUCCAGUUUUAAUACAUAUGUUGUUUUGGACACACAGACGAUGAGCACCAUAUGACCUGUUAACACGUGAACACAAACAACCUUGCCUUAAAUUAACAUUUAAACACCAACAUGGCGGCCCGUAGACAGGGCUGCCCUCUAACUGGUGUAUUGGAGCAACGAAAAAAGGGCUAGUCUGACAUUACCGCCCUGAACACAAACUCAGCAGCAGCCGCAGCAGCAGCAGCAGCAGCAGCAGCAGCAGCAGCAGCAGCAGCGAUGUUUUGUAUUAUCUGUGUCACUGACACCUCAACAGGGUAUUGUCAUCACCGAGGCCUCCAUGUGUUUCGUUUAAAACAUCUGCAGCCAGCUUAUGGGUUGUCAUCGUUUGAAGUAUUAGACUCAUGGUUUAAUCUGGGCGUCAGGCAACAGAAGAAUAGAUAAGCAACAGAUUUGUCUCUUAUCCAUCAUAAAGGGAAGAAAAGUGGUUUGACUAGAAGUAUAUUAAAGAUGUGCUGGAAACUACCGCCCAUAGCAUCAU